GGGCGGGCGGAGCGCACCGCCCUGCGCCGCGUGUGACCGGGCCGGGCAGCGCCGCUCAUUCCCACCGCGCCGCUCGCUCCCGACUCCGAAAUGCCGCUUCUCAGCGUACCCAAAGAAGUGGCCGUCGGGACGGCGAUGCUGGGCGUCGCCUUUGCCACGGGUAUGCUUGCAGGUAAAAGAUACCCUUCUUUAGUUUUUGGGACACCCAAAUCAUCCACAAGUGGGAUGAUUGGGAAGAGCAGUCCUCUCUGGCAAUACAUACUGGAUCACUCUUUGCGGGAACAUCCAAUUCUAAAGAAGCUGCGUCUGCUCACUGCUGAUCAUCCCUGGGGCAGAAUGAUGGUGUGCUGUGACCAGGCUCAACUUAUGGCAAAUUUAGUCAAACUCAUUAAAGCCAAGAAAGUUCUUGAAAUAGGUGUUUUCACAGGUUAUAAUGCCUUGAAUAUGGCACUUGUCCUGCCAGAUAAUGGUCGAGUWAUUGCCUGUGAUAUAAAUGAGGACUAUGCCAAAAUUGGAAGGCCACUGUGGAAGGAGGCAGGAGUAGAACAUAAGAUUGACCUGCGGAUUAAGCCAGCAAUUCAGACACUUGAUGAACUGUUGGCCAAUGGAGAAGCGGAAACCUUUGACUUCGCUUUCAUUGAUGCAGAUAAAGAAAGCUACAAUGAGUACUAUGAAAAAUGCUUGCGCCUCGUAAGGAAAGGAGGAAUAAUAGCUAUUGAUAAUGUCCUUUGGAGUGGAAAGGUGGUAAAACCAAGGAAGGAUGACUUGGCAGCCCAGAGUAUCCACCACCUCAAUGAGAAGCUUGUCAGAGAUGCACGCGUCAAUAUCAGCAUGCUCCCAAUGGGGGAUGGAGUCACAUUAGCAUUCAAGUUGUAACUCGAGGAAGCCCAGCAGAUGGGAWAUAACAAGCAGCAUUAAAGCAUCAGGAAGAAUGCAGGUGGAACAGUAUCAAAAAUGGUGAUUUAAUAUACAUCCCCACUGGAUAGUAUAGCCUGGGAAAGUAAACCUUAGGAGCAGCAGGAUCCUAAGGGCAGCUAAGUAGAGAAGAGAGAUUUAUUAUGAGAUCAACUAUAGUUUAUUAUUUUAAUUGUAAUAAAGGAAAUAAAAUUAUGUGAAAUUGUCCUUGUAAGACAAUGGUUGAAAAAAUCUCCCUCUAUAGAGUGUCCAAGUGACUUAGUACAACAAAGUAAUUUUCUGUUCUAGAAGAGCGUUUUGAACAGCAGAAUAAUCAGUCCUACCAUCAAAAGGAAAAGAAGUGGAGUUUACUAACAUUUGUAGCCAUAAUAGAAAAACAGAUUUUUAAUGAAAGGACAUCAAGGAGUUUGCCAGCCUUCUCAGACUAAAAACAUUGAAAGUCAUUCCUUUUCUUUGAAGGAUGCUACAUAAGAAGCCACAAAAGGACAUCUUUGGG